AUGUGUGACGAGUGUGGGGACACCUUCCUGCAGUGGUCAGGGGUGUGUCCCUCGUGCAAGGCGCUGAACACGAUGAAGGAAGUGCGCGUGGAGACGGAGCAGGCCGCGCGGGGGUCGGGGGGCGGCGCGGGCGUGCGUGCCGCGGCGGGCGCGAUGCGGAGCGGCCCCGCGGAGCAGAACUUGGGCGGCGGGGGCGGCCCGGGGGACGUGCGCAGGGGCCGCGGGUGGGUGGACAGCACGGAGCAGCCCGAGAGCGUGACGGCGCUGGCGAGCGGGAGGACGGGCGGGCCGAGCCGUGCGGUCAUACCGGGCGAGGACGGACAGGAGCUCGGACGGGUGCUGGGCGGCGGGCUCGUGCCGGGGGUGUGUGUGUUGAUUGGGGGGGACCCAGGAGUAGGAAAGUCAACCAUCCUGAUGCAGAUGGCCGACCGCAUGGCGGGCAUGGAGGACGCGGCGCCGCUGCCGCAGGGGCCUGUGCUGUACGUGUCGGGCGAGGAGUCGAAGCAGCAGAUAGUGCAGCGGGCCACCCGGAUGGGCGUUGAGCACGGGUCCAACAUCCUGCUGAUGUGCGCGUCGGAAAUCACGACCGUCCUCGACCGGAUGCAGGAGCUCCAGCCACGGUGCGUGGUGCUGGACUCGAUCCAGACGGUGUACCUCGCGGACGCCUCGGGGGCUCAGGGGUCGACGACGCAGGUCAGGGAGUGCACGCGCGCGCUCAGCAUGCUCGCGAAGAACAUAGGGUCCGCGGUGUUCAUUGUCGGGCACGUCACCAAGUCGGGGGAGAUCGCGGGGCCGCGGGUCCUCGAGCACAUGGUCGACACGGUGGUGUACCUCGAGGGCGAGCGCGGCGCGCCCGUGCGGCUCCUGCGCGCCGUGAAGAACCGCUUCGGGGCCACGCAUGAGCUCGCCGUGUUCGAGAUGGAAGGUCUGGGGCUGAAGCCGGUGCCCAACCCCUCGGAGCUGUUUCUCAAGGACCGGGAGCUGACCGAGGGGAAUGGAAGCACGGUGACCGUGGUGGUCGGGGCGUCGUCGCGGCCGAUCCUGGUCGAGGUGCAGGCGCUGUCCACGCCGGUAGCGGAGGGCGGGGGUGGCAGCCGCUCGUUUGGGUACGGCAUCGACAGCCGCCGCUUGAUGCUGGUCACGCAAGUGCUGGCCAAGCACGCGGGCGUCAGGACUUGGGCCAGGGACAUCCUCGCGAACGUCGUCGGCGGCAUCGACCUGCGCGGCGAGCCUGCGGCGGACCUGGCCGUUGCCGUCUCCAUCGUGUCUUCGACGUUCAACAAGCCAGUGCCGCUGGACAUCGCGUGCAUCGGCGAGCUGGGUCUGUCGGGCGAGCUCCGCGCCGUCCCGUCCCUCUCGCAGCGCAUCCUGGAGCUGUCAAAGCUCGGCAUCCGCCGUGCUGUUGUCCCCCUGGCGGGCUUCUCUCCGGGGACGGACACGCACGGAGUCGAGGUGGUGCCGUGCAAGAACAUCCGAGCGGCGUUGCGGGCGGUGUUUCCGGCUUCCGGGGCGGGACGCGACGGUGACGACUGA